ACCUGAUGAUAAUAUUGUACAGUGUAAAACUGGUUUGACAGAUGAGUCAGGUUAAAUAGAACACAUUCCUGAUAGUGUUUUAAUGAAGACCUGAUGAUAAUAUUGUACAGUGUAAAACUGGUUUGACAGAUGAGUCAGGUUAAAUAGAACACAUUCCUGAUAGUGUUUUAAUGAAGACCUGAUGACAAUAUUGUACAGUGUAAAACUGUUUUGACAAAUGAGUCAGGUUAAAUAAAACACAUUCCUGACAGUGUUUUAAUGAAGACCUGAUGACAGCAUUGUACAGUGUAAAACUGUUUUGACAGAUGACUCAGGUUAAAUAGAACACAUUCCUGAUAGUGUUUUAAUCAAGACCUGAUGACAGUAUUGUACAGUGUAAAACUGUUUUGACAAAUGAGUCAGGUUAAAUAAAACACAUUCCUGACAGUGUUUUAAUGAAGACCUGAUGACAGCAUUGUACAGUGUAAAACUGUUUUGACAGAUGACUCAGGUUAUAUAGAACACAUUCCUGAUAGUGUUUUAAUGAAGACCUGAUGACAGUAUUGUAUGAUUUGUUUGUAGGCUACUAAACAUCAAAAGAAAGUGGCAAAAAAAGAACAGAUUGAGAAACAUCAAGAGGAUCUCAGAAUUUUGAAAGACGUUCUUCUCGUGCAAGAUAUAUUAAACAGAAUGGGCACUGAAAAUGUUCGGAAAGACUUUCUGUUAGGUUCUAAUAAAGCACUUGAACUGAGUGAAAAGGACUUGAGGAACUUGGAUGAGCUCUUCAAAUUAGUAUCACCCAAGAGAGAGACUAAAGAAGAAGUUGCAUCAUUUGAGGAGCAGUUAGACAUGGCUGCAGAACACUUGAUAAAUUUGGUUGAAGGGAAAAGCAGAGAAGUUCUUGGAACAACUUACAAAUUUAUGAAAGAGCUUUUGCUAAAAAUCAAUGAGUCUGGCUACUUUGAUCCUUCGUGUGAAGCUUCUAUAGAGAAUCGUAGGGAGUAUGAGUGUUGUGAUAGUGAUAAGUAUAUCAGAGAAGAGAAUGAAAAAGCAGAACUGGAAGUAGAAGUAACCACCACAGAAAAUAUCCAGGUCUGUCCCAAUCAACCAGAAUCGCCAACUGAAGCUUAUGAUAAAGGGGUUCUGGUAGUGUAUCCAACUUCAUAUUCCAACAGUAAACAUCUCCAGGAAAUUUUGGAUGAACAUGGAAACUUGAACUUUUUUCCAGAAUCACAAACAGAUCUUGAAUCUCCCCACAUAGACCCUGCUUUUUUAGUAACCUACCCCAUGGCUCCAACUCCCUACCAGUAUCCUACUGGGGUAGAUAGCUCUCAUCAGCAAGUUGCUGUUGUGUUAUCUGAAUAUGAUCCAGCCCAACCAAUUCCCACACAGACAUUCAUUAAUCAGAACUACCCUUCAAUACAGAGCUUGUUGGACCCAACUGAUUCUGUUAAACUAAAUCUGGCCAUGGCAUCUUCAAGCAGAGCAAUCACCCCGUCAUCAACUAGAGUUACAAAUGCUAACAACCAGCCAGACGUACGAUAUCCAUGUGCUCCUGUUCGAGGCUCUCGGACUUCUGGUGGUGGACAGGAUGAAGGAGGUUCAAUCUUUUCAUCAGAUAUUAAAUACCAAGAAAAGUAUUCACAAGUGAGAGGUUCUAACUUUGGUGGUCGAGGACGAGAAGGUUACAGCAGAAGCCGUGGUAGCUACAGCAGUGAUAAACAUACAGCUGGCUAUCGUGGACUGAAUAAAUUCAACAAUCAUUAUGGUUAUAGUAGCAACUUCAGACAAGAUGGAAGACAAGGUGGCUUUGCAGGAAACAGACCUU